AUGAGCAAGGACAGAACUCCCUUAUUCUGUAGGGUGAAUAAUUUUAUGCCCCUACAGAAUGCCUCGAAAAGCACCAAGGAUGAAAAGGAUGCCCAGGACUUGAGCUUAGAAAAAACCAAAGAAGUGGAGUCUUUACGAAAUUCCAGCUUGGUUAUAGGAGCAAGAUAUAAGACCCACAGGUUUUUCCUCACGUCCUUUACCGUUCCCACCAAGUGUCACCAGUGCACAUCUCUGAUGGUGGGCUUGAUAAGACAAGGCUGCACCUGUGAAGCAUGUGGGUUCUCAUGUCACACAACCUGUGUAGAAAAAGCUCCAAAAGCUUGUCCUGUGCCUUUUCAUCAGAAGAAAGGUGCCUUCUGUCUAGACCCACAGAAAGGCAUGGGAACAGCCUAUGAAGGCCAUGUCUGGAUUCCAAAGAAAGCAGAGAUGAAAAAAGGAUGGCAGAGGGCAUUGGCUGUAGUGUGUGACUUCAAACUCUUCCUGCAUGAUAUGGAAGAAGAAGAAGACUCAAAACCCAAUGUUGUAGUUAGUCAAGUGAUUGACAUUAGGCACGGAGCACUUUCUGUUAGUUCAGUCUGGCCCUCUGAUUUUAUUCCUGCAAGGAGAAAGGAAAUGCCUCGUAUGUUUAAGGUCACAGCUUCCCAGCUCUCAGCACCUAGUAAUAGAUAUUCAAUCCCAAUCUUAGCAGAUAGCGAGAAUGAGAAGAGUGAGUGGGUGGGUGUGCUGAGUGAAUUGCACAAAAUAUUGAGAAAAAGUCAUUCCAGAGACCGCUCAGUCUAUGUUCUGAAAGAGGUUUAUGACAGCAAUCUACCCCUGAUCAAAACCACCCAGACAGCUGCAAUCAUAGAUCACAAAAGAAUCGCUCUGGGAAAUGAAGAAGGGUGAUUUGUUGUCCACGUUACCAUAGAUGAAAUUAUUCGCAUUGGCUACAUGAAGAAGAUUCACCAGAUUGAGCUUAUCCUCCAUGGCCAGAUGGUUGCAGUGAUCUCGGGACGAAGUCAUCAUGUGCAGCUGUUUUCCAUGUCAGCUUUGGAUGGACGAAAGACUGAUAUUCACAAGCUGACAGAAACCAAAGGGUGCAAGACGGUGACUUCUGGAACAGUGUGCCAAAGGGCCCAUACAUGCCUCUGUGUGGCUAGGAAAAGCCAAAUCUUCUGUUACGAGCUGUUUCAGAGCAAGAAAAUUUCUCACAGAAAAUUUAAAGAGCUCCAAAUCCCAACCAAUGUCCAGUGGAUGGGCAUCUUCAGCGAACAGCUCUGUGUAGGAUUCCAAUCAGGAUUCCUGAGAUACCCCUUGAGGAGAGAAGGAAUUCCAUACAGGAUGCUGCACUCCCAUGAACCUACACUGUCAUUUAUUGCACAUCAAACAGCGGAUGCUCUCUGUGCAACUGAGAUCUCUAGUACUGAGUAUCUGUUAUGUUUUAAGAGCAUUGGAAUUUACACUGACAGCAGGGGCCUCAGAUCUAGGCUAGUUGAACUGAUGUGGCCAGCAACUCCAAGUUAUUGCCGUUACAAUGCCCCAUAUCUUUCGGUAUACAGUGGAAAUGAAGUGGAUAUCAUUGAUAUGAACUCCAUGGAAUGGAUACAAACCAUCCUGCUCAAGAAGGUUCAACCCUUGAAUACUUAAGGAUCCCUAAACAUUUUGCUUUUGGAGACAAUUAGAUUAAUAUAUUUCAAAAAUAAAGGGCUUCCCUGGUGGCGCAGUGAUGGAGAUGAGCUGGUAUUUCCUGAAACAUCAGAUAAUCAACAGAAGAAAAUGGCCCGACACCACAGCAGCAAGCAUCGUUAUUCCUUCUGGGUUCCCAGAGGAAAAGGGAUGCUACUGAAGGGGCUAUGA